AUGAGCAUUAGCGAACGUACAGGAAAUGAGGUCACAAUAGCAGAACAAGAAAGGAAGGAAGAAGGCAGGUGCGCAGUUAAAAAUGACAAAAAUGUGUCCCCCAGGGAUGGUGAGAAUAUGCCCCAUCUAAUGGAGAAUAUGAAAAGUGCGGCCAAUGAUGAGGACUCUGUAGAGGUGGGAAAUGACUCUCCGGUUGGAGAAAAGGCGUUGGGGAGUAGCGUUUUGUGUGUAGGCUGCAGUGGCGAGGCAUCCCACAUGGACGAAGGGAUUAUCAACCACCCAGGCGAGGAAAAUCCUCGAACAGAGGAGAACAGUGAUAAAAAGGCGGAAUGUGAAAGCAUCCCCAAUAAGUUAAAAAAUGUUAAAAAUGAAAUCGACGCGGAGACAAAACCCAACGCCCCAAUUAGUAAUAACGCCACGUGUGUAGAAAACGUCUCUAAUAAUAACGCACGUGUAGAGGGGUGUAGUAACACUCACGUGAAUGAUGAACGUCCACAUGUUGGAGCGACCAGCAAUGGUGAGCUUAUUCCAAAUGAGAGUGGCGCGUUAAAUGUGGAGAUUGAUGCACCACUGGAUGAAGGAAAUUUCUCAUCAGAUGACAGAAACGAGGAUAACGCAGAGAGUACGGGGAGCUUCAUGUUAGAAGAAGACACGAAUUUAUCCCGCAGAGCGUAUCGAAAUUUUCACAUAUGUUCAAUAUUUAUACAUGGGACGUUGUUAUUAAUGGUAAUAUUACUGAUGGGUAUUUUAUGCUACGAUUUUAUGAAUGUACCUUUUAUGUCUCAGAAGGAGAAGACAAUGACUUACUUUUGUGGGUUGCUACUAAGCAUGCUAGGGUUACACCUUUGCUUAAAUUUAUAUAUGUCUUUCGUAUUAUUGAGACAAGCAGAAGUUUCAAAGAUGUUAAAAUCUGUGGAGGCCAAAAUUCAUGUUAUUGUUUUGGUGUAUUUUUCCAUGUGUGCAUAUAUUUACUUUUUUGAAGACAAGAAUUAUCCCAUCAGCUCUACCUUUUCCUUCGCCAUCAUUUUAGCAAUCAUAUAUUAUUUUAUGCCCAUAUUUUUAUAUAUAAUUUUGAGGAUUUUGUUUAUAAUUGUAAUUUUGGUUUUAGUUUUUAUUAAGAGGAAGAGUCCCACGCCGAAGAAGGUUUUGAAGAAAUUAAAAAUUAUGAAAUAUGUGGAUUAUAGGAAGUAUUGUGAGGAGGAAGCUUGUUUUCAUAGCGCCUAUUUUACGAACUGGAGGGAGUUGAACGGGGAGGGUGUGUCGGCGGCACAAGAGGAUGUGAGUGGUACGAGGGAGGCCAUGACGACGACGGCGGGGGAGGGAGGGACAGUGAUGGCUGCACGGGGUGGUGAUAAUAAGGGGGACGAAGUUGUGUCAGUGGAGCCCAUGUCAAAUGUAAAUGCGGGUGGGAACACCAUCUCCACGACAACGUCCUGCGUGCGGGAUAAUAGUGCGAAUGUAAGCGGAAGCGGCCCUCCUAACGGAGACGGUCCCCCUAGCAGUAGUGCGAAUGACCGGCCAACCCGUAGCGGUAACAGCAGUACGAGGAGUAACCUGGACAGGCACCUGUUCUAUGAUCGCGCUGGAGGAGUUACUGGUCGAGGAGGGUCCUCCCAUCGCGGGGGUACUCAAUCUAAUAACAAGGACAGGCACGACGCAGCGAGCGGUAACCAAAAUGUAAGGUAUAUUGCCAAUCCACAUCCUCCCUCCAUUUACGAGAACAACCGGGACAUUGCAAAUACCAGCGACGAAGCUAAUGGGGAGCCAAAUAAAGACGGCAAAUCAGGAGCCGUUUUUGAAUACUUGCAGAAAGUUUUUAAGAAAAAAAAUAAUGCACUGGAAAAUGACAAUGUUGUUAAAGUACAUGAAAAUAACUUGGAGGAAAAUUCGUUUCAUAUAAACAUUGAGAGCUCCGAUUAUGUGUGUUCAAUCUGUUGCAUCGAGUACCUAAAUGAUGAUGAUAUCUGUAUUUUGCCUUGUAACUACCUGCAUUAUUAUCACAAGGAGUGUAUUUUUAGGUGGCUGAAGAGGAACAACGAUUGUCCCCUGUGCAGGAAGUGCAUUGGGAAAAUCUGA